AUGGCGAUUGGAGGGGGCAUGGUUCCCGGCGGGGAUGACUUGCUGACCCGCGACGCGAGGACGAUAGCGGAGUACAUACGCCUGAUGUCCUUCGAGGUGUUGGGCGAGGAGGCGCAGGGGCGGGAUCGUCCGGUGGAGCGGUGGCAUCAGACCGGGCUGUCCCUGACGGAGGCACUGGACAAGGCCGAGGCGACCGCCGCGCGACCGGCUCGCCUGCCGAACCUGCUAGCCCUUGCCGCGGCCAUCCGCCCUGUCGACAGCAGUGCUGCUACUGCCGCCGGUGGUGGCCGUACAAGUGGGGGCGCUACUACUGCUCCCCCCUCGGGGGGAACGAAGCGAAAACGUAGGGAUGAUGCCGGGAACUCGCCUGGGACAGCGGCGGCGACGGCGGCGGCGGGCGGUGAGCCGAGAGCGGGGGCGCCGGGCGCGAAACGGAGGCGUGUGGACGCGAACGCUAUCAUGUGCCCCUUCGAGCUCAAUGGGGUGUGCAACGACGACGAUUGCAGAUACCAGCACUUGGACGUCUACCUACGACCCUCGUUAAACCCGGGCACAUCCCCUGCCCCCAACGCUGCAUCAGCGGCAGCAAAUGGCCAGCCGGCCAAACCCUCGGCAUCAGACCCUGGCGGUGCUUCGCCGGUCCCGGGGCCGUUAGCGGCGGCGGCGGCGGCGGCGGCGGCGGCGAGAACUGACGAGAGGCCUUCAGCGCUCGGGCAGCACCGGCUCCCCGCCAUCGACUUCACGGGCGCGGCGAAGAGAGACGCUGUUGCCCGCGCUAGAGAUAGCGGGCGGCGGGGUGUCGUCAAACCCUCCUCGACGAGGCAGCCAUCUUCCGAGACCGGGGGGGGGAUGCCGACGGCGGCGGAAGGGGGUACCGCCGAUCAGGCAGGCGUCGGCGGCGGCAACGCCAGCGGGGAGUUGGAGGAAGCAGAAGCCGUCGACUCCGGGGAAGAGACGACGAGCGUGGACGGGGAGGAGGAAGAAGAAGACUUCCUCGCACUCCCGACAGAGCGUGCGGAAAACAACGGCGGCGACGGCGGCGAGGCAUCCUCCGAGACCGCCGCCGCCGCCACUCCCGAGCAAGCGAGCCCCGCGGUAUUGGCAAAAGCUUUCGCUCUUGCAGCUUCGGGGGCUUCAGCCUCCGGCGGCCCUGGCAACGUCGUGAGAGGGGCGGGGGGCUCCGGUGUCGGUCGAGAGGAGCGGUACUACCCAGAGGGUGGAGACGGAAAGACCCAAGGUGCUGCUUCGGCCGCUCUACCGGACGAUCAGCUGAGUGCGCUGGAGGCCCAGCUCAACGAGGGGGCGAGCUGCGACGUGGAGGGCUGGUUGCUCCUCGCGAUGCACCAGCUCCCUCGUACCGGGGGCUCCGUGAAGGCGGUCCUGAACACGAUCUCGGAUGUUGCGUGCGGUGCGAGUGGGCCCAUGGGAAGCGUCGACCAAGCCGCAAUAAAGACUGCCCUGCGAACGUUCGUCCAGCCCCUGGAGCGGGCAGAAGGAGGGCAGGCAGAGGUGCUGUGGCUUUUGUACCUCAGGCUGUUCGCUUUCCUUCCCGGAAAGAGCGAGGACGCUCUUGGAAUGGCAGAAUACGCCCUAGAGAAGUUCCCCACGUCGCGACGGAUCUGGAGGCUCUACCGCUCCAUGUUGCAGACCUCUCCGGGGUGGAGCCUGUCGGAAGAUGUCUCGUGUUACCGUAGGCAGAUCGAGGCGCUCCUGCUCCUCCAGCCGCGGGCCGCAGAUAUGCGGGCUUCACCACGAGACGGUAGCAGCAGCGGCGGCGGCGGCCCCGGUGCGAAGGCGACGAGUUCCGGAUCGCUGGGCAAAAACAAGAGCGGCGACGGUGGCACCGGUGGCACCGGCGGCGGCGGCGGCGGCGCAGAGGCGAAUGUGAAGAUGAUUGUGUACCUAGUCCUCGAACGCUGCUCCCUGUUGGCGGAGGCCGGGUACAAGCUCCAGGCUGCCGCUGAGAUCCUCGACAGCCUCGGGGCUCUCGCGGAGGGCCAGCCCCUGUGGGGGUGGGACGCCCGGGACGGGCAGGGGAGGAGGACGCUCCUGAGGACUAGCGAAGGCGGCGGCCACGAAAGGGAAGGGGAGGGGGGCGGAGCUAGAAGAGAAGGAGGAGGAACCAAGGCGGGAGGUUCCACCGAAGCGAGCGACGACGAUGGCCAGCGUUUACCGGCGGGUGUGGCGGCGGCGCUGAAACACGCGCCGCGCGACUCGCGGUGCGUGCUGUGGUUGACCGCGCUGCACCUCCUCGUCAUGGGCGUGUUUCCCCACCACGUGCUCACGCUUGCCGAGAACGACUGCGGCGGCCUCGGCGGCAGCAACGACACCACCGCCGCAGGCGGUGGCCUUGCGGACUUGCUCUUGUGGCCUGCGGAGUGGCUGUCCCCCAAGAGCAGCGCGAUCCUCCGGCUGUCGGCCAGCCCAGACCUGCAGGACGCGACCCUGAAGACAUUCAUGACCGCCCUGUCCGACGUGGGGCUGCUCCCCCCGCCGAGGAGCAAGGGUUGCUGGGCUCCCGCCAUCAAGGACCGCGACGCCCUUCUGUCCAGCGCGGCCGAGGCGAAGGCCGCGCGGGCCGGAGGCAUGGCGCCGGACGCCUCUGCCCUGGAGGGGCCCCCGCUCGUGCUCGCGCUGAACUGGCUCGCGUUCUGCCUGCGGCGCGGCCGGGUGGACGCGAGGCAGGGGCGCAUGAUGGCGUUCGCGUGCUGCCGGAGGUUCCAGCUCUCCCGGCCCGACCAGCCGGCGCUGCUGGAGCACUUCCUGCUCGAGCACGCCGUCUCCAAGACGAGGACCCUGGGCGACACCUACCACGAGAUCUCCCGCGCGUUCGACGCCGACGGGGUCGCCGCGGGAGCCUUGCGCGAGAGGCGGGAUGGCGAGGGCAAGAGCGCUAGCUUUAACCCUGCCGGCGCCAGAAGCAGGAACGAACAGUCGGUGAACUUGGUGCCCCCGCCGUCGGGGGAACGGAUCCAGGCGGUGUACGCGUUCCUGCGGUUCGUCGAGUCGCGGCUGGAGGCCGCGCGGUCGGAGUCGGAGUCGGAGUCGGAGUCGGCGAACGACGCCGGUCGAGGUGCGCUCGAAGACGCGCGGCGCGUGCUGCGCGACGCUCUGGUGGGCAUGUGGAUGGGGGCGGCGGCGGCGGCGGCGAGCGCCGCCGGCGGCGGCGCUGCCCGCUCGGACUCCGACCGUUGGCUCGAAGAAGAAGGCGGGGAGUCGGUGCGGCGAGCCCUCGAGGGCGCCAAAGCUUCUCUGUUUCGCUGGGCGGACGGCGGAAGUGGUGGCUGUGAUGCUCCCGGGGGAAAUGGGGAACGUCAACUGUCAACGAUCGUCUUUUCCCUGUGGGUUCUGGGGGGCGCUUCUGCUGCGAUUGGGUCUCUGGACCAUAUUCUCAGCGCUGAAUCGUUUUCGGGCGUAUCGGCGGAGCGGAAACGGCUUGCGUGGCUGCAGAGGCUAGAGGCUGCCAUGAUUCUGUCGACGCAGCAGCAGCAGAAGCAGCAGGCGUCCGGGGUAGAUGCCAUGCAAGGAGUGCGGGAAGUGGCUCUGCGUGCUUUGGCGGAUCACCGCACGGAACGAAGGGCGGGGUAUCCGUCGCUUGCGCAUUUCGUGGCGGCGACUCUCGACCGCCCGCCGGCGACCGAAAGCCCCGUCAGGGACUCCAGCUGCCAGCCAGGAAAGUCUCUUUCUAGAUACACUCCUUCCGCGCCCCUCGCGACGGACUCGGCGGCAUCGUCGUCGUCCUUCGCGUGCGACGUCUUGACGGUGUACGCGAACCACUUCCGGGAGGCGAGGAGGGGGGGCGUCGACUGGGUGGUGGCCGCAGAGGCCCUGGGGGGCGUGUCGGCCGCGGCGGCGGCGGCGGCGCACGCGUCGUGCGCAGCGCUGGCGCUGCUCCGGUGGGUAAGUUGGGCCGACCAUGACGAGAGCGGAGCAGUAACCGCCGCGAGCUUGGUGGACGGUGCGUCUGCGCUGAAGGCAAACGCCCGCCCGUACGUCGAAAUGGCGCUGGCCAUGAACCCGGCGGACACGGCCCUGUGCGGCGCCGUAGCCGCACUUUGGGCGGCAACGGGGUCUCCGGACCUUGCGCAGCGAGUUCUGGAGGCGGCGCUGCGAGCCCACCCGUACUGCGCAGAGCUGUGGGAACAGCGGGUUGCUCUUGAAGCGGGGUUUGGGAGCGGGUCGACGGAGCGCGCCGGCGCUACGGCAGCGGCCGCGGCGGGUAGCAGAGUCAUGUUGAGGUUGAGGUGCGGGGGGAAAUUGGGCGGGCAAACCCCGAGCGGCCUGCAGGCGCGAACGGCCGGCCGGAUAGCGACGGCCAUCAGCCACCCUCCCUCUCGACGAGAAACCAAAUCGUUCUCUCUCCAGGCCGCGCUGCGCGCUCCCCCCGGCUCAUCAGCGCCCGUGGCGGCGGCGGCGAUGGCGACGAUAGAGGUUCCCAGAAGCAUAUUCCUGAUGACUAGCCUGACGAGUCUCUCGUUGGCGUUCAACGGCCUUCUGUCCGUGCCGGCCGCCAUCGGAAGCUUGUCCGUCCUGAGAUCCCUGGACGUUUCGGGCAACGCGCUCGCCUCGCUCCCGCAGUCGCUGUCGAGGCUGUCGGGCACUCUCCGGCUGCUGCGCGCGGCGGGGAACCGGCUUCAGUCGCCGCUUUCCGCCGCCACCCCUAUCGGCGACCUCGUCGGCCUGCGCGUGCUGGACCUAGAAAACAACGAGCUGUCGAACUUCCCGGGAGUGGUGGUGCCAACGCUGACGCAGCUCCGUAGCCUGAAGCUCGCGGGGAACGAAUUUUCGGAGCGAGCCCCGGCGGGGUUGUCAGAUGCUCUCCCUUUCCUAGAGGAGCUUUCCUUGCCUUCGUUAGCCUAGGCGUUCUCGGUGGUUUUUCGGGCACGGCUGGCGGCGUUUCGAGUUGUUCCUUGCGUCAGUCGUCGGGCGAUAGUAGUAGUGAUACCGCAGAGGGUGCACACAAGUGCAAGAGCCACCAGGCCGUAUCGGCUGUGCUAUAGUAGGUGCAUGCCCUGGUAUGGCCAAGAACCGGGAAAGGAGAUCCCAUUUGUCUCGUGAAUUUUCUGUCACCGGGAUUUCGUGAGUCGUAAGAAAUCGUCAUCGCCAGCAC